AUGCUGGUAAACACCUCUGGUGCUGGUACCUCAGCCAGUGCAGUGGCUGGCCCUUCCGGAAGUAUCACAAUUUUCUGUCUGCUCCAUGAGCCUUUCAAGAAGCAUGAGUACAUGGACCCCGACGCCAGAGACAAUGACAUGGAGGGGGAGACCAACCAGCAGGAGGAAGAUGAAGAGGACACCAAUGGUGAUGAAGAGCAGCCAGAGGAGACCAACGCCAGAGACCAAGAGCAUGUUGAUGCAGUGGAAGCGGCAGAGGUCAAUGUUCAGCUAAAAGCAUUGGCAAGGUUCACUGACGACCUCUUGCGCUGCUAG